AUGGGCUUCGGGCCAAGAGAAUCUCCCAACCCCGGCGUGCUGCGGCCAGGGGGUGACAGAGCCAGCAGCACAGUGGGGUCUUCGGCUUUAUCCCUUGACACCACCAGCUGUCUCGCAGCUUCCUCCCGCAGCAGUAGCAGCAGCAGUAGCAGCAGCAGUAGCAGCAGCAGGAGCAGCACGAGCAGCAAAAGCUGCAACGUUGCUCUCUCCAGCUCCAGCAGCAGCAGCAGCAGCAACAGCAGGCGCUGCAGCGCUAGCCUUGCCAGCUCCAGCCGUAGCAGCAACAGCAGGCGCUGCGAUGCUAAUCUUUCGAGCUCCAGGAGCAGCAGCAACAACAAGCCCUGCAGCACCAAUCUACCUAAAUCCAACAGCAGGAGCAACAGCGGUGAGCACCUUGCAAGAGGGCUCGCUAGCUCCAAAGGCAGCAGCAGCAGCAGCAGCAGCAGCAGCAGCAGCAGUAGCCGAAGCAGCAGCAGUCUUUCCAGCUCGAACUCCAGCAGCACCAGCAGCAGCGCCACCAAAAAAACAAGCCUGAGCUGUUCGUCUGUUACAAAUCUGGAAGGCUCUCGUGCAGCCAAGUCGCAAGAUGUCUUCGCUCCAAAGAUACAGUCGAAAGAGCAGCAGGUGCAGCAGCAGCAGCAGCAGCAGCAGCAGCAGCAAGAACGAGGGUCUAGGACAACAGCAAAUAGCACGCAACAGUCCAGCGAGAAAUGUGAAGCUGCCCGUGGCUCUCUGGGUCGCAGCAGCAGCUCAGCAUCUGUGUCUCGCAAAUCAACAGCGCUUGCUGCUGCUGCUCCAGCAGCUGCUUUUGCUGCUGCUGCUGCUGCUGCUACUGCUGACACCUUUGGUGCAAUUCCGUGCGCCACCUGGGGCUCCUGGGGCAUAUCAGCCAGCAGCCAAUCUUCUAGAGUUAAAGGCAGCAACGACGCCUCCAAGUCUCAAGGUCAGUUCCCCCCAAAGCGGCAGCAGCAACAGCACGGGCAGCAGCAGCAGCAGCAGCAGCAGCAGCAGCAGCAGCAGCAGCACGGAACUGAGUCAGGUAGUGCGGAGCUCACCAGCACGAGAUGCUAUGAAAUCCCCAUUCUGAACUCUUCAGGGCACAGCAUAUCGGGAGCCGCUUUAAAUGCGGCAUCCGUGGAACCCUUACGCUCUGUUGCUGCUGCUGCUGCUGCUGCUGCUGCUGCUGCCUCUGCUGCUGCGUCUGCUGAUUCCUUUGCAGCAAUUCCUUGUGCCACCUGGAGCGCAGCCAGCCCCGACAGCAGCAGAUCUUCCAAAGUGCAGUCCAGCCUUCGUUGCACCAAUUCAGAGGACACUCCCUUGUCGCGGCAGCUAGCCGCCAGUCAGCGCUGCAGCAAGAGCAGCAGCAGCAGCAGCAGUAGCAGCAGCAGCCGCAGCAGCUUGCUGCAGGUCUAG